AUGGCCGCCGAAGCUAGCACGCUGAACGAGCCUCAGCCCUCAGCUCUCCAAACCCUCCUCACGACCUCAUCCUCCGCAUCGUCGCACCCUCAGCAUCUAGUCAACCUUGCCGUCCAGAUUGCCCACAACCUCGAGCAUCAACACUUGUGGACCGAUCUGCGCGUCCACAAUAUCUCUCCCCUCGACUCGACCCCUCUUCCACGACCCAUGGUUAGUGGCACGCCGCCACAACGACUGUACAUCCACCCAGACGAGCAGAUUGCGCUCCUACAGACACAGAAGGCGCAGGGCAAGACUGGAUUGGGCGAGGUCAAGGCAGAGAGAGAAUGGGUGUUGCCGAGCCAUUUGCGUGAAAAGUGGACGCUCAGGCGCUUCGCAGACGUGUUUGAGAAGGUUGGCAUUAUGCCUCCGCCAAACGAGGAUGACGACGAGGAAGAGGAAGAACAACAGACGAACAAGUGGAGAACCAAGAAGAGAGUUGUCUUGGCUACAGUGGACGAUGACAGCACAAUUGUCUACUACAUUGUUCACGAUGGAAUUGUCAAGCCUCGCCAAAACUGA